AUGGAAAAUUGGGUUCCAAAUCAAAAAACACAAAUUGAUGAUGAAGAUGUGUUUGUUGAUAACACUCAAGUUGAAGGAACAAGUCAAACAACAAAGCCGAAGAAAAGGAAAUAUGUCCUAAGGGCGGCUUGUUGGGCCAAUCAUGAUGUAGUUCAUAUUGAUAAAGUUAGACUUAGCAAAUGCAAAAAGUGUGGAACUUUGCUCAAAACUGAAUCCGACAGAAAUGACGAAUUAAUCUUGUGGGUUUCUUGUAUUAGAUCCUCACAAAAUAUUCUUGCUAAUCGGUUGAAGCUUGUGUUAGACAAGAUAAUUAGCCCAGAGCAAUCGGCUUAUGUUAGUGGUAGAAGUAUCUUGGGUGGCUCGCUUUUGCUCAAUGAAAUUGUCUCAUGGGCCAAAAAAGUUAAGAAAAAGGUGUUAAUUUUUAAAGUUGAGUUUGAGAAAGCGUUCGACUCUUUGAGUUGGGAGUUCUUAGAUUCUAUCAGGGAGCAAGUGGAGUUUGGGUGGAACUGGCGUAGAUGGAUUAGAGGUUGUCUUUCUUCUAGUACGGCUUCUAUUUUAGUUAAUGGAUCUCCCACCAAGGAUUUUAAUAUUUGUAUAGGCGUGAGAUCUUCAUAUUCUAUGGAGGCAGCUUACGAUCUUCAUCAAUUUCAUGGUCUUUCUCUUGGAAAUAAGGGACCUUCUAUAUCUUAUCUUAUGUAUGAGGAUGACAUGACAUUUAUUGGUGAUUGGUCGAAGAUAGAUUUUGGGAAUCUUAAUAGAUUACUUCAUUGCUUUUUUAUUGCUUCAAGUUUGAAGGUGAAUCUUCACAAAAGUAUGGUGCGUUGCAUUGGUAUGGAUAAUUUGGAGGUUAACAGACUAGCCAACAUCCUCAAAUGUGAGCUUGCUUCUUUUUCGUUUAUUUAUCUUGGGGUAUCCGUGGGGGCGAAUAUGAAACUUGCCAAAAUUUGGAAUCCAAUAGUGGAGAAAUUUAAGAAGGGAGCUCUAAGGAAGAUCAUUCUUAUGCUUGAUGGUAUUAGAAGGAGGUUUCUUUGGGGCGGUGAUGGUGAAAAGAGGAAAAUAAAUUGGGUUUCUUGGGAUUUGGUCAAUAAACCUAAGAAAGAGGGUGGUCUUGGUGUGGGUUCUCUCGAGUCGGAUAAUUUGGCUCUUCUUGUCAAAUGGUGGUGGAGAUUAAAAAAUGGAGGUGUUUCUACACAACGUGCAUGCAUUCAUCUAGUUGUAUAUAAACGCAACAAUGAGAACUGUUGGCAUUGGAAUGGUGAUGAUGCUAGUGAUUUCUCUGUUAAAGCGCUUCGUGCCUUGAUUGAUAAACAUGAUAGUGUUGGGGAGAAUUCUUUCAAGUGGUUGAAUUGGAUCCCUUUAAAAAUUAGUUGUUUCGUUUGGACAUUAUUUAAAAACAAGGUUCCUCUCUUUCAAAACCUUUUGAACCAUGGUAUUAAUGUUCAUUCCUCCUUAUGCCCUUUCUGUCAAAUUAGCUUCGAGACUCUAGAUCAUGUAUUCUUCAACUGUGAUAUGGUGAAGGUUUUAUGGAGUUGGCUUGUGGGGUGGGUUCCAAUUAUCAAGAAUCCUCCUGAUUCGUGUGAGGAUCUUCUGGAGAUGUUGAAUUCUAAGGCUACUAACAAAAAAAAAUCAAAAGCUUAA